CGUACGAAACCAUUGCAUUCAUUCAUCCUCAAUGCAAUGCAAACAUUCUCGUGACACAAAACUAAACGCACGCAAAAGCUAAAACAAAAGCAACUAAUAAAAGCACAACUCUUACUUUCUUCAUCCACAAAAAACACAAUGAAGGUCUUUACUACUAUUACAAUCAGUUUCCUUUUCUUCCUUUUCAACGUUUUCAGUACAUCUCUAGCGCAAAGUCAAAUGGUUGGCAGUCCUGAAUCUCUGUACCCUAUCGUGGUGAAUGUCCGUGAUCCAAUGGCCGCAAAAAGCUGCCCCAUUCAGAAUGACAAGGAGCCUCGAUCCCUUUUGUUUGAACUCACAUUUGAUGAUAACGCACCCAGCUCAUAUUCCUUUGAAUUGCAGGAACUCCAGACUGGCUGCAAGUUCAAAGCUGGUGGCACAGUACCAAAGUCUGUGGAUGUUUCCAUUCAAGUCGAUGGUCUCUACUUGGACAAUCAGCCAAUUCAAGUCACCCUGCCGGAUCUUUCCAUGGAUACCAUUCUGAAUGUGCAUGACUUUUUGAUGACGGUGGAUGAUGUCACCAAUGGGCAUCGUGUGGCAGUAGCAUCCUUUCGUGGUCCCCUAAGUUCCGCUGUGGUGGAUGGUGUCGUCACCUUUCACUUGGACUUGGACUGAUGAGAGCGAGAUACACCUUGAACAACCAACGCAGAGAAGCAAAUAGAUAGAUAGAAUAGAUAAACAAGUUAUUACAUGCACAACACAAUGCUC